AUGGCCGAAAACGCGGCGCCAGGAAGCGCAAACAACACGGGCGCAGACAGCUCGCGCGGAAUGCCCUACUACGAGAGACUGCGACGCGACUUGCGCGAAUCGCUCAACAAGAAGCGCAUCAUCGACAACAGUCUGCUACAACUAGAGGACAACAUCCUCCGAGUCGAGACGCAGUACCUCGAAGAGACGAGCGCCGGAAACAUUAUCAAGGGCUUCGACAACUACAUCAAGGGAGCGGCGACCACCACAACAGCAGGAGGAGCAGGCACUGCCACCAGACGGAAAGCGCCCAUCAGUGAUGCAGACCGGAUAUUCAGUCGGAGCUCUACAAGCUUCCUGAGGGAAUCCUCCACACCGGGCUCCGCGACGCCAUCGCACGCUCCUACCCCGACUUCGUCCUUCCCUACGCGCGAAUCGAGCCAACCUACAAACGGGGCGAGGCCAGGAGGAAGCAAGAAGAAGAAGGCAGCCGACGACGACGACGAUGACGGCAACAAGACGAAGCGACAGAAAAUUUCCUACGGCCGCGAGUGA